AUGCAAAAUUCUGUCCUCCUUUAUGUCACUGUCGAUCGGCCGGCUAUCGAAAUAUCGCAUCUGGUUGACGCUUUGAAUGAGCCAAACAGACAGUUCACUGCGGUCUACAACCUUCCUGAUGUCAUCGAAGUCGCUCCACAUGCACAUCAAAUGAUUAUCGGAGCACCAGUCAGUAGUCUCGUGGCCUUGCAACUAGACUGGGCUGAGGAGCAUCAUAUAUCAUCCGUGACAAAUCACAAUGUUUCACUUUUCAUAGUCGCGGACGAGCUUUCACUGCCUACAGUCCUCCCGCGUACUGUGCAAGUAGUGUAUUUGGUUGAGAAUUCUGACUCCACUGAAACUCGAUUUGAAUCGUUACGAACCUUGGUACCUGACGCUAUAAAAGUCUUCACUACUAUCGAUGGCGGCCAGCAAGGUUGGGAUGAGUUCAUGGACUUAGCACGAUCGAAUGGGGGGUCCUCCCUGAAUUAG